AUGGAUGCUAAUACUAAGGAUCAAGAUGGGCUGAAGAGGACUCCUUUUGAAGACUUGUCAAAGGAAGAUUUAAUAUCUAAAUGCAAGGGUCUACUUGUUAUAGCUCAGAAAGCUAAACAAGCAAAAUCUGAAUUGCAACAUGAAAUUGAGACCUAUAAAGGUAAGUUGCAAAAAUGUGAAAGUGAAAAGAACGCCUCUUUAGAAAAUAAUAAAACUUUACAAGAACUCAUAGAUUCUUUAACUGAACAGAAACUAAAUUAUAUAAUGGAGAUAGAUGCAACACAGGCAAAUGUGAGAGCUCUCAAUGAAAAAUGUCACAGUUGUGAGGAAGAGCUCACUAAACUUAAAGCAGAGUUAAUUGUAAGAGACCAAAAUAUUACAGAAAUCUCUCAAAAAUUGUCUACUUUUGAUAAUGAGGUUGUAUCUCUCAAAAGGCAAAACAACCGUCUUUUAGAAGAAAAUGAACAGCUUAUCACUCAGCUGUCUCACAUGGAGGCAAGAGUUGCUGAAUUCAAUAGCAUUGGCUUGCAACAGAGAAAGCAAUUACAACUUUUAGAAGAGAAAUUUAAAACAGAUGAUGUAUCCCAAAUAAACGUUAAGGAACUCAAUGAAAAAAUUAAAGAACUAGAGAGUGAUAUUCAGGAUAAAGUCAACAAUUAUGAAGGAAAAAUUAGUGCUCUAGAAAGUAAAGCUAAAGAAAUGUCAAAUUUAUAUGAGUCAGAAAAAACUAAAAGAGAUAAGGCAAACAUCAAGCUAAGAAGUUAUAAAGAUAAAAUAUUAAAAUGUGCAACAUGCAUUAAUCAAUUAAAGAAUUCCAGGUUCAUUUUAUCUAAAACAGUAAAGGAAUAUUCUGAAAACAUUCCUAAAUGGCAAAAUGAAAUAAUGAAAGCAUCUAGAGUUCUUGAUAAACAAAUAAAUGAGUUAAAUGAUGAGAACACAUCUCUUAAAGAAAAAAUUCAAAAAUUAGAUCUUCAAUUAAAACGGGUCCUUAAAAUUGAUAGUGAAUGUAAUAUUAUGGAAAGUAUAUCCCAAUUGAAUGAUUUAAUUGAAGAGAAUAGCUUAUUAAAAUCUCAAUUGAGUAAUUUGCAGGAGCAAGUUAAUGACUUAUCAAAAUCUAAUUCGAUUCUUAAAAGUGAAAAUAGUGUAUAUUUGACUAAACAAAAUGAACAAAUUGAUAAUAAUGUUGAUGAAAAUAAACUAUUACAACAACAAGUAAAUGACUUGACAGCAAAAAUAGAAGUUAUGGCUUUAAAAAAUUCUGAACUUGUUAAAAUUAUGGAUGAUCUUGAACGAAAGAAUGGUGAUUUAAGCGAGUUAUUAGAAACAAAACGUAAAAACAACGAGUUAAUUGAUAUUUUGAAUUUGCAGAUAAAGGCUCUUGAAAGUGAGAAAGCAAUUUUGGUAAAAGAAAAAUUAAAUGCUAGAGAUAGUCUAAUAGAACUAGAAAAUCAGAAUAAAUCUUUAAAUCAUCAAAUAGAAACCAUUAAAUUAGAACUUGAAUCAAAUAAGAUGCAAUUUGAAACAGUUUCACAUGAACUUUUAAAGUUUAAAGAAGGUUAUAACUCAGAAAAAGACACUGAAAUUAAACAACUGAAAACAAGAAUUAUUUUAAUACAAGACGCGAGCGAUAAGUUGAAAAAAGAAUACGAUGACCUACUAGAUUUAAAUGGAUUAUUAAGAGAAGAAGUCGAAACACUAAAGCUAUCCUUAGAACAACCAAAAGAUGAUAGCGAACAUUCAUCAGAUUUAAAUGUGUCCCUGCAAGCUGACAUUGUUAAGCUUGAAACGAAGUUAUCUGCUUAUAAACAGGAAAAUGCAGCGCUUUUAACGGAAAUCAAAGAAUCUCGUGCAAAGCUUAAAGAAUUUGAUAACUUAGUUGCUGAAUAUGAAGAUGCCAAAACUAAAUUACUUAAUUAUAAAACAGAGAACACUGAAUUGUUAAAUGAAAUGAAAGAAAUAAAUCAGGUACUUAAAGAACGUGGUGAAGCAAUAUCAAAAUCACAAAAAGCUAUUUCUGAAAUGGAAAGACUGAUUGAAUCCUUGGAAAAAGAUAGGGAUGAUUUAAGACAGGAAAGAGAUAACUUACUUAAGAAAGUUGAAGAUUUAGAACAUGACUUAAAUAGCGUGAAUCAAAUUACAAGCCAAAACUGCGAAGCCGUGGCGAAAACUACUAUAGAAAGGGACAAUGCUAUUCAACAGUCGUCUGAAAAAGAUAUUGUAAUUGCAACCUUAAAGGAAGAUAUAGAAAGACUCAAGCAACAGAUAUCACCUACUUCUGAAUUACCUAAUGAUGAUAUGUCAACAUCUACAAUUUCUAAAGCCGAGGAACAUUCUAGGAUGAAGGACCUAGAUGAGACAUUUGAAGACAAGUAUACUAAGUUAAGAGUUUUUGCUUUAAAACUUAAGAAAAAACUUAACGAAGUUCAAAUUCAACUACAAACUGCAGAGCAAGAAAAAACUAGACUUCAAAAACUCUUAAAUGAUAAUAAUCUUGAAAAUCACAAACACCCUGUUCCUGUCCUUAGUUCUGCAAGUGAUGUUGAUGAUACUGAUGAAUGCAAUAAAAUGAAAACACUUAAAAAUAAAUCUGAAAUUAAUGAUCUGAAGGCAAAAGUAGACUCAUUAACUAAUGCGCUUGAAGCUUCAGAAAAAUCUCUUGUUAAGUUUAAAAGCCUAGAAGCUGAAUUCCAUAAAAUAAAUCAACAGUUAAAUACUGAAAAGGAAUCACAUAAAGCUACAAAAGAUCAAUUAGAUAAAGCCCUUAAAGAUGUAAAAAAGAAAAAUGUUUUAAGCCUCGAGAUGGAAGACUACGAAAGAUCCAUGAAGGAACUCACUACAAAAAUGGAGGAAAAUAAGAAAAAAAUCAUACAAAUGGAAUCUACGAUUGACACUCAAGAAGGCACAAUUACUGCUAUGAAAACCCAAAUAAAAUUGUUGGAAGAACAAAUCAAAGCGGAAGAAACACAAAACAGAUUACUCAAAGAAGAAUUGCACCAUGCCUUAGAAGAAGGAAAAGAAAAAGACAACAUAAUAAACUCUAAGAAAGAUAUCAUAUCAAAGUUAAUGCAUGAUCUCGAGGAAGAAAAAAGAAAGAACGAAGAAUCUGAUUUAGAAACGACAGCGUUACUCAGUGAAAAGGAGAAAAUAAUUAUAGGUUUAGGAGAAGAAAAAACGGAAUUACUAAACAGAAUGAAAAGACUUGAAUUCAAAUAUGCUGACAUAAAUGAAAAGUUAAGAAUCACAAAUAUUGAAUUAGCGGAUCUAAAAACGGAGUACACCAGUUACAAAGUAAGAGCACAAGCAGUGUUACGUCAAAACCAGACAGUGGAUCAUAGCCAAGAAGAGCAACUGAAAGAGGAAGCGGCGGCACUAAAAACUCACAUAGAUAAUUUAACUACUAAAUUGUCUACACUACAAGAAAAAUAUUCAGAGCAAAGUAUUGAAGCUGAGGCUGCUAGAAAACGCGCCAGCGAAGCUACCAACGAGGCGGCACGUGCACAUCAACGAACAACGCGUCUCCAGGCUGACCUUACGCGGCUGGCGCAACAACUGGAGUCUGAAAGGUCCCAGCAUAAGUUGCAAGUAUCUACUUUAACACAAUGUUACAAGGCACAAAUAAACGACUUGGAGACAAAGCUGCAGAAAGAAACAGACGCGCUGCGAACACAACUUGCAGCUGCGCAAGAAACAAUAAAAUCUGGUAAACUUGACCGCAAUUCAGACAAGCAAUACAUGCUUCCAGUUAUACCCAAAGAUGAGAGCAGCGACGGUGAAAUGGAUAUCAAUGUGUCGUUAAUACCGAGAGAGGAGGGCGAGGGUUCUGAAUCCGCCCCAUCACCUCCCUUGUCUAAACCGUAUUUAUCAAAUGCGGGUGGAAGGCGUUCUCCAAUGCCAUUGGAAAGGCUCUUGGAAGAAGGUGUCCCUGAUGAUGACGCAUUGGACUCAUCUUCGCUCUGUCUUACUCCGGAACAGGAAAUAGCUGAUUUGAGACGCAAGUUGCAAAGUCAACAGCAAAGGGUGAAGCACGUGACGUUGUUGCUGGCCGAGUCGGAGCGGGAGUGCGCCCGCAUGGCGCAGUUGAGCGAGCUGCUCAAGAGCGAGUUGCGACGCGUGCGCGGCGCCACCGCCAACGCACACAACACUGAAUACAUGAAGAACGUCACCUUCAAGUUUCUAACAUUGCCACCGGGUGAUGAGCGCAGUCGACUGAUUCCAGUUCUUCAGAAGAUUUUAACCCUUUCCUCGGAGGAGACACAAAAGAUACAAGCGAUCGCGAAAGGACAAGAUCCAAGUGCAACGGCUGUAAAGGUUUGUUGA